AUGGCCAGCAACGACGGGAAGAGCUUCCCCCCAAGGAAGUGGUACAGAAGCGUACCCUUCCUAUCAGUCAAGCCAAUACAGCAGAGACUCACAGCGCCAAAAGGCCCUACGACAGGCAAUGUCGAGCACCAAAAUGAAGACAAGCUUCCUAUGCCAGAGCUUCGGGCAAAUUGGCUGUCGAUUUUGACCUUCAACUGGCUAGGACGUCUUUUGAGAACAGGUUACACACGACCUCUUCAGGCAGAUGAUCUGUAUGACAUGCCUAGCCAUAGGUUGGCGGAAGAUCAUGCAAAUCGUCUGGAAGAAGCUUGGGCUGCGAGACUCGCUGUAAACCGAGGACGAAAGCCUGUUACUUCGUCGAAAGCGUUUUCAUGGAGGCCGUUCUGGGCAAGACAUAUAACUGACACGACUGUCUUGACAUUGGCUCUCAACGAUGUAUGCUUCAAAUGGUUCUGGCUCGGAGGACUCUUCAAGCUUGCUGGAGACUUGUCGCAAAUCUUAUCGCCUCUUCUCAUCCGAUUUCUCAUCGCCACGUUAUCAGACUCAUCGCAACAAGGUCUUCGCUCAGGCUUUGGCUACGUCGUUGGGCUCUUUCUUCUUCUCGUCUUCUCAGUCACCUCAAACGUUCAUGGCUUCUAUCGUUCUUACACGACUGGUGUCUUGCUUCGGGGUGCAUUGAUGCACGUCAUUUAUCGCAGAGCAACGACACAGCUGAGCGAAAAAGCAAAGCUCAAACAUGGCCUUGGUACUGGAAAGCUCAUGAGUCUCAUCAGCGCUGAUGUGACGCGAGUUGACUUUUGCUGUGGCUACUUCCACGUCGCUUGGACCAGUAUUUUUCAGAUGCUGCUCUGCUUCGCCUUGACUAUCUGGACCAUGGGGUACAGCGCUCUACCAGGAUUCGGUCUGCUUGCGCUUCUAUACCCUCUUCAGUCAUUCAUGAUGGGCCGCCUACUUCGACUGCGACGCGGCAGCAUGCCCUUCACAGACGCUCGAGUCAAAGCAGUUGUAGAAGCCGUUGCCGCUAUUCGCCUCGUCAAAACAAACGCUUAUGAAGAGAGUUUGCUCUCCAAGAUCGGAAAGCUGAGGUCUGAUGAAGUUGUGUAUAUCCGCAAGAGAAUGCUUCUCAGAGCUCUCAACACUGCGGUUUCAUACACGGCGCCAACUCUUGCUUCAGUCGUCAGCAUUGUUUGCUAUGGCGCGACUAGCAAGAAUGGCAUGGACCCAGGCGUUGUAUUUUCUGGCCUUGCAUAUUUUAUGUUGUUGAGAACACCUCUUCAAGCUCUUCCUACUGCUCUAUCGGCUAUUGCAGAUGCUAGAGCUGCACUGGAGCGACUCGCACUGUUUAUGCUCGCUUCUGAUGUGGACCCAGAUUCACCUUCAUCUAGUCCCCAAACCAGUUUUGGCUAUUCUGCAGAGGAGAACCAAGUCUCAGAUACCGUGAUUCGAGUAGAGGAUGCUACCUUUGCCUAUCAUGAUGACACGCAGCUUCUGGCAGCGGAAGAAGAGAAGGAUGCCUUACAGAACCAGCCAGAGAGCAGAGCGGUUAGUCAGAGCCAAAGACUGUUGAUCGACUCGUUACUGGUAAAGCGCAAUCAAUUAGUCUGCAUCGUUGGAGCCGUCGCAUCAGGAAAAACCUCCGUCUUGAAGGCACUUCUCGGCGACUUGCAUCUCAUCCAAGCACGCUCCUGCCAGCUCAGCCUCACGACUUCUUCAUCUCAGAUUGCCCUAGCCCCUCAAACUGCAUGGCUUCUGAGCGAAACGGUGAGAGAGAACAUCGUCUUCGGCAGACCUCUUGACUUCGCGUGGUAUGAGGAAGUUCUCACACGCUGCUGCCUCCACCAGGACAUGAAGGCUUUACCUGAUGGUGACAUGACGGUCGUUGGUGAGAAUGGCGUUUCGCUCUCUGGUGGCCAGAAGCAGCGUAUCAGUCUUGCGAGAGCUAUCUACGGGAGAAGUCCACUACUCUUCCUUGAUGACUGUUUCUCAGCUCUGGAUGCUCACGUUGGUGCUCGCGUGUUUGACAUGGUUGUCAACCAGGCACGUCGCAACAAUGAGGGAACCAUUGUCCUGGUUACACACUCGAUUCCGUUUGCUAGACAAGCCGAUCACAUUGUCUACAUGGAAAAGGGCCGCAUCGCUGAGCAGGGCUCAUUUGAGCAGCUGUACAGUCAGAAUGGAGCUUUUUCUCAGUUCGUAGGGUCUUCUUCACUAGUCUUGGACUCGGACUCGGAUUCUGAAACCACAGGUAGUGGUGAUUCCGAGAAGGCGGCUCUUGAUGAAUCCGCCAUGGAGGGGAAACCGACUGAUACAGCCAAGCUUGAAACCAAAGCCAAGCAGGUCACCCAGACUCGUGGCAAAGAGGUGAUGCAGACUGAAGAACGAGUCGUCGGCUCAGUCAGUGGCCGAACUUACAUCCGCUACGCACAAUUCGGCAACGCAUGGCUCACAGGCCCCCUCCUCAUUCUUUCCAUCGCUAUCUACCAAGGAACCAGCGUCGUCUCACCGCUUUGGCUCAGCUGGUGGCAAAAGAACCAGUACAUCACCAUUUCUGAGGACGCAUACAUGGGAGGAUACGCCGCCUUUGGGGCUGGACAAUCUCUCGGUCUAUUCUGCAUGAGCGCGACAUUUGCACUCUUCUGCUUCUGGUGCUCGAACAAACUUCAUCAUGCAUCCAUGUCCAAGGUUCUUCUUGCGCCUGUGGCCUUCUUCGAUACUACGCCUCAAGGCCGUAUCACGCAUCGAUUCAGCAAAGAUGUUGAUGCAGUGGAUAACGUGGUUGGUGAGACUCUACGUCUAUUCAUCUCAACCUUUGUUCAGGUCCUGGGCACAAUCAUUGUUGUCAGCAUCAUUGUACCAGCUUUCCUAGCUAUCGCAGCCGCUUUGCUUCUCAUCUACACUUGGACGGGCAUGUACUACCGCCCAUCAUCGCGGGAACUCCGUCGUCUUAACAAUCUGCUUCGAAGUCGAAUUUAUGAGCAUUUUGGCGAGUCACUUUCAGGUCUUCCCACUCUCAAGGCCUUUGGCGCAGUCCCUCGUUUUGUCGACGAUAACGCGCGCAAAAUUGACACGGAGAACACGGCUUAUUGGCUAUCUGUCUCUUGUCAGCGGUGGCUGAACCUCCGUCUGGACCUUUGUGGCGCGACUCUUGUUCUGGCUGCUGGUUUACUUGUUGUUGGACUUCGUGGGACUAUUGAUCCUUCGUCUGGCGGUGUAGUCUUGUCCUACAUCGUCACAGCUCAGGCUGUGUUUGGCAACAUGAUUCGUCAGAGCGCAGAGAUCGAGAACAACAUGAACUCGGUGGAGAGAAUGCUUCACUAUGCCUACAACAUUGAGCAAGAGCCUGCCCAUCAAGUUGAUGAUGUUGACAAGGAGCUCAAGACCCGCCAAUGGCCGCAUGCUGGUCAUGUUCAGUUUCAGUCUUUUACCCUCAGCCAUCGUCCCGGACUUGAGCCUGCACUCAAGGAUGUCAACCUGGACAUCAAGGCCGGCGAAAAAGUCGGCAUUGUCGGCCGUACGGGCGCAGGCAAGACAACAUUAAUUUCUGCAUUGUUGCGAAUCACCGAACCUACGAGUGGUCGAAUCCUCAUCGACGGAGUCGACAUUCACACCGUCGGCCUCCACCUCCUCCGAUCAAGCCUCUCCGUCAUCAGCCAAGAUGCUGUUCUUCUAGCUGGUACCAUCCGCUACAACCUUGAUCCUUUCCAACAAUACGACGACGAGUGGUUACAACAAUGCCUAGACCGCGUUGGCCUCGGCCGAUUCUCGAAAGAACAAGAUAAAGAAGCAGAGGAAAAUGAGAAGCACGAUUCGGAGUCCAGCAGUGAGGGAUCAAGUCUAAACCUAGACUCAGAAGUCAAGGAAAACGGUUCCAACAUCUCGCAAGGACAAAGAUCUCUCAUUUCUAUUGCUAGAGCGCUCGUUCGCAAGUCCAAGAUUGUUAUUCUAGACGAGGCAACGGCGUCUAUCGAUGGCAGAGCAGACGCAAAGCUUCAAGCCAUGCUGAACGAGGUCGUUGGAGACGCAACUGUUCUGACAGUGGCUCAUCGACUGGAUACGAUUGUUGCUACGUGUGACAAGGUUGUCGUUAUGGACAGCGGCAGAGUAGUUGAGUUUGACACUAUCUCGGAGCUGUAUGCCAGUCCAGGCAGUGUGUUUAGAUCUUUGUGCGAUGCAGCAAAGAUUUCCAUUUAG